AUGGCCGCCCCGAGCUUCGCCGGCAGCCGCGUCGCCCGCCUCCGGCCACGACUUCGGCGGGAUCCAGCCGCCACUGCCCGGAUCCGCAUCCUCUGCUCCGCCGGCGACCGCUGCCUUCUCUCGCCCGCACCACCAUGCUGUCAGGAGGACUCUGACAGUGACGAUUCCAGCGAAGCAGCAGCGGAAGACGAACACAACAGAGAGCACUAUGCCUUACAAGUUCAACAGAGACGAACACAGCAGGAGACCAACAGGCCAGUGGUCAGUUGCCAAAAGGGCACAUCGACAAGCACGUACGUCGCCAGACGCGUCUCUCUCCACCUGCAGGAUGAUUUCCGUGGCACGGCCCUCCUCAGUUUUGCGUGGAAGGGAGCUGGUAUAUUUGUAAUUGAUGUGUAUGAUGGCACGUCUUCUGAAUGCAAGCUUCGUCUCGAUAGGAGAUCCUCCAGCUUCAGUGUGUUGAAGUCUGACGGAUUGGAGAAUCAGAUGGUAGUCGCUGGAGAGGCAAGGAACUCCCAUGCUUGCAGCGAUGCACUUGGUGGGCAUUCCUUGCAUUUUUCCCGUAGAAUCACACGGUACAUGUAUUUAAUUAUAGCAAAGUCACCAUGUCUUUAUCAUGCCAGUAUGCCAAUGUGCCCAGAAAUUAGAUAUCAGAGGGAAGUUAGCAAGUCACCAGCUCUGAAAGCAUACCAAAUAUUUCAGUUUUUAGGCCACUUCUCAAUUUUGAAGAGCUACUCCUUUGAACUAGAUAUGUGAGCUUUUUGUAAACUAUAGGAUAUCAUAGUCUGCUAAGUGGAAAAAGAACUCUUUGAUGUUGGGCAUAUCCUGUAGUAUUUAAAUCAUUAUUUUUUACAUAUGUGAUGCAAAUCUUAUUCUUUUAGAAAAAUGGUGAAUCUACAGGAUUGAUAUGAACUCAGAAUACAAAAUUUGGGACAACUAUUAACAUUGAAAGAGAAUGAAUGUGAAGACAAUAUGUGUGCUGGUGUCCUGGGAUUCAUCAGUUGUAUCAGGAAAACCAAAGUAAAACAGGUACUCAGAUUUUUUUUAUUCUACAUUUUCCAGAUAUAGCAAAGGUUGUACCACAGAAAGUAUUGUGUGUGGAUGACACACUCCAAAUGUGGCACCUCUUGUCAAAAGUUCACUGUAUGAACGAGGAUCAUAUAUUUGCUUUGAUCUCAACCUUUGGAUGCAGUUAGAAGGUUUCAUCAUAACAAAUUUUUUUAGUUUUUGUAAAUUAACCUCACCAUUUUGAUGAUUGUAGGACAUCAUUGUUCUCCAAUAUGAAACUAUAGAGAAGGGACCUGACGUACAUUUGUGUAACACAGUUCAGUAAACACGUCUGGAAACUUUAUUUCUUUUUUCGAGAUUGAUUUACUUGGUGGUGCUAUUGCCCAUUUCCUCUUAACAAGACAUGUGUGAUGUUCCAAAAAAGGAGCUUAUGUGUUGUCUGGCAGCCUUGAUGGUAGUUUUAUACAUGUAGCUGAGGAAAGUGUGCUUGAAGCACGUCUUGUUAAAAAAUGGGAUGGGGACCUGUGCUGGUUUUGAGUCAUACUUAUUGGGAUAGGCCCUUGCGAUUUUUCUCUCUCCAUUGGCAUGGCCAAGGUCGGGUUGUGAUAAGGAGAAUGAGAUAGCGAUGAUGUGGUGCUUCACUGCUAGCUGAAUUUUGCCAUUGCUGGUGCUAGCUGAACUUUGUGGUAGCUAAAUUUUGCUAUCGCUGCUGCUAGCUGAAUUUUGCAUAGACAUAAUGCUCAUCUAGACAUGUUUUUCGAGUAGAAGUGAGAAAUAUAUCCAGGUUUUUAUGCCAAAAGCUUUUAACAUUUUUCCUCAUAGUGUAAGUAAACUGAUGAUGCAUGCCAUGGGUAAGGAUUUGGUUCCAACAGAAGCAACACAUAUUCAUCUUGCCUACUAUCCCAUCAGUGGAUGUCAGUCUCAUUUUUCUGAUCCUACACUUGAGCUAAGAAUUCAUUGCCCUUUUUUUGAACAGGCUGCAGUAACCAGUUUGUCACUACUUCAAUGGAUAUAAGGAGCAUAUCGUCAUUGCGUAUGCAAAAGCAUGUUUCAAAAUUUAAAUUACCAUGGCACAUUUAAUUCUUUUGGAGUACUAAACAAUCAUGCAGCUCUCUACAGAUUUUAAAAUUCAUGGUAGGAUCACAGGAGUAUACUACUUUGUUGGGGGGAGAUAAUUUGUUGAGCGGAUAGCGUCGAUGCCUUGCAAAGUUUCACAGAGAACAAGCUAUAUGUGGAUUUCUUCCAAUUGCAGGGUUCUUUAUUUUCUUUAUUUUCGAGCAACCAAAACUAUACUCUGUAAAUAAUCUUCUUGAACCAGAGUUCUUUAUUUUCUUUGUAUUUUGACAUUCCCUUGUACUACAUUUCAAUGUA